AGGCUCCUCGAGCACGGGGCAUGGGACGGUCAGGACCCCGCCGACGCACCGGGUGUCUGACGUGCCGGUCGCGCAAAGUACGGUGCGAUGAGAUCAAGCCGACCUGUGCGAACUGCAGUCGUCUGCGCUUGCAAUGCGCCUACAAGACGAUUGUACCAGGCCAUAUCGCCCGGGUUAACAGACAGGCUCGUCCUGUAGCUUCCGCGACCGUGGACGCGACCUCGUCUGACCGUUCCGAUUUGAACUUCUUCCAUACCGUUCUCUGUGACGGCCAACUUGCAGCGUCAACACCACAGCAGCAGCAACAGCAGCCUACUCCUGCGCGUCCGCUUCCUGAAACAGCUGUCGAUUAUUCUUCAUUGGAUAUUCUGAGCUUCAUAGGCGAAAUUACCUCGGAUUUCCAUCAGAAGCAUCUUGACUUAACUGCUCAUGGACUCACCGGCCUGUCGGCGGGGCCAGAAUAUGUCAGUGCUGUGACACAGAGCGUCAGGCAAAACGGGCAAACGAUGGGCUGGGCUACCAAUGCUGACAUCAGCUCUGCUCCUGGUGAUUCGGCCAAACCAGCAGAAAUAGAAGCUUUGGAUGACAAGCAGACGUCGUAUGAGGCUCGUCUGUUCACCCAUUUCGUGACGAGCGACCCGCCUCCUGCAAUCUUUGGUUCAAUCGGCCUGGACUGGAAGUAUGUGCAGGCGCACAUCGUACGCCAGUCUCGAUCCUGUCGAGCUGUCUUGCUUGGCAUCUACUGCUACUCGGAGGUGCAUCAGACGCGAGUUGAGGGAAAGACGUCGAAACGCAAGUCCAAGUACCAUCGGCUAGCGUGCUCUCAAAUGCAGUCAUGUCUAGUCGGGGUGGUGGACCAACCGGUGUUGAAGCAGGUGUUUACGACGGUGCUGCUGUUGAUGUUUGCCGAGCUUCUAUCGACUCCGGCCCUCGGAGACGCUGGCACGUCCUUUCUCCACUCGGCAUACUCACUACUGCAACGCUUUCACAACCGAACCAAGGCUUGGACCGGUCUAAGCCGCAUAAUCGUUGCUUGGGUCUCACUGUUGGACAUCAAGGCAUUGAUAGCUGGGCGCGAGGGUGAUCCGCUCAUUGACUACGGAGGUCUCAUGUCGACAGACAAAUCCUCGGAAAGCGCUACUUCCGAGCAAUGCAGUACCAUAGCAGACGAUGAGGAAAGCCCCGAGCCCGCGUUCCUCAUCCGCGAAGCCGUCACCGGUCCGGCAUUUCAGUUUCACGUGCAGACGCAGCAAAUUCUCCGGCGGAUCGUCUCCAUUGAUCUGCACCACCGUAACCGCGGCACCGUCAGUGAUGAGUUCGAGGUGCUUCAGCUUGCUCAUCAGAUAAGCGCAGACCUGGAAACGCUGUGGAACCAACGCCCACGCGUACUCGACAUCUACAGCAGCCCCGAGGAGCUAUAUGACACUUUACAGCCUGCUGUUGCGCGAGAAACAUGUCAAAUUUUCAGGCAGUAUGUUGCCAACUUCUUGGCGAUCUUCAUCUACUUGCACCGGGUCGCAUUCGCCAUCUAUCCGCGAACUGAUCGGGUGCAUCGGGCCGUAGAGGGCAUUAUACAUCUAGCGACCGUCGAAAGCCAGUCGACUGAGGGACAGCAGCGACAUUUGCCUGCGGGCUUUGUGUGGCCUUUAUUUGUGGCUGGCUUGGAGUCAUCUCUUGAGCAGCGGCGAUGGAUUCUGUCGCAGGUCCAGAAGAUGAGCCAGUGCGGCGAUGACAGCCGAGGCGAGAAUCAGCACACGCGACAUCCGCACGCUGAAAAUGUUCAUCUCCUCCUGAAGGAGAUGGCUAGACGGCAGGACGCAACACGAACAUGGGCGGACUCGCGAUGUGUGCGACGGGAAUUAUUUACUGAUUCUUUCGUGAUGAUCUGAUAAUAAGCCGAUCGUGAUCGGCGCACUGACCGCUAAUUACAUGCAACACGUAAGCGCGGUACGUACGUCAUCUGACUCGCAGUCCUUUAAGUUAGUGGUUGACCUCCUUAUUGUCUGGGUCGUUUUUGGGUAUAUAAUUCUUCGGUUGCGUCCGUCUCUGGUCUGCAGGGUACGAUCCAAAGAUGCGAUCCUCUGUUGUAGCGACCGAGGAUGAGGUCCGUCCGGAGGAUCCCCUCAUUCAGCAUGAAGAGGAAUUGAGUGUUGUUAGGCCGCCAUCCAGCCAUGCACUAUUCCGUCUCUAUUGGCUGACGGCCAUUGUCUGCUGCGGCGGCCUGCUUUUCGGCUACGAUUCCGGCGUGAUUG